AUGGCUGAUGGCAUGGAACAUCCCGCUGGCAAAGAAGCGCCUGUGCCAGGCACAGUUCACAUCGUCGACCUCUUAGGGACGAUGCGUGGCCAGCACGCUGAAGGUGGGCAGAAAGACAUCGUACUCGUCCCAGCUCCCUCGACCGACCCCGAUGAUCCCCUUAACUGGUCACCACGACGCAAAGCGUUGAGUACAGCAUGCAUUUGUGUCUACACUUUGAUGGUUGGGAUUGCCUCAGCCGGAAUAUAUUCGGUGCUGGAGCCAAUCAGCGAGGAUACCGGAUUAACCCUCAACGAUUUGAACCAAGGAACAGGAUACAUGUUCUUGUUCUUUGGGUGGGGAUGUCUCGUAUGGCAGCCCCUGGCUCUUCAAUAUGGAAAGCGACCAAUCUUUGUGGGAGCGCCGAUUGAGAGCCUAUGCGAGAUCAGCGUUACGGAUAUCUACUUCAGCCACGAGCGAGGGCGAUACAUUGGACUUUAUGCACUUCUACUUGCCGGUAGCAAUUUCUUCGCCCCCAUCAUCUCUGGUUUCAUCAAUGACGGACAGGGUUGGCAGUGGGUGUUGUACUGGUGCGCCAUCUUCUGUGGCAUCGGAUUCGUAUUCCCGUUCUUCUUUAUGGAAGAAACCAACUACGUCCGCCAUACCGCUGGGAUACCAGCCUCUACCCCAGGGGUCAUCGCACCAGCAGAGCCUGCGAACCCAGAGAAAUGCACACCUACAGAAGCGUCCGUUAACUUCUCCCCUCCACUUACUAGCUACAAACGGAAGACAUAUCUGGACAAGAUUAAGCUUUUCCAAGCUGCAGAUCUUCAAAACCCUAACGAGCUCAAAGGAAUGGUCUGCCGGCCUUUAAUAUUUCUCACUUUUCCAGUAAUCUUCUAUUCCGGCUUCUCCUACGGAAGUAAUCUUGUCUGGUUCAAUGUCCUCAACGCCACUGCUUCGCUCAUCCUAUCCGGAACAUAUAACUUCUCGGCAAGUAUGGUCGGAGUUGCCUAUGUUUCUCCUCUCAUAGGUGUAGCAAUUGGCUCUGCAUAUACGGGCUGGUUUGGCGACUGGUUUGUGAUCCGAAAAGCGCGGAAGAACAAAGGUAUCUUGGAAUCUGAGGACCGUCUCUGGCUUUUUGCCCCUUCGUUUCUUCUCAUCCCAUUUGGUCUGAUAUUGUGGGGUGUUGGAGCGGCCCAUCACGUUCACUGGUUCGGCGCUGUGUUCGCAAUGUGUAUCCUUGCACUCACGAAUACGAUGGGUCUUCAACUUUCUAUCGCGUAUUGCAUUGAUUCAUAUCGAGCUUUGUCGGGCGAGGCUAUUAUUACAGUUAUCCUCAUUCGAAAUACUAUGAGCUUUGCAAUCGGAUAUGGCAUUACGCCUUGGGUGACGGACAUGGGUCUUCAGAACUGUUUUCUUAAUGCAGCAUUCGUGGGGAUGGCGCAAGUUACCACUGUAGCGAUUAUGAUUAAAUGGGGCAAGACGCUAAGAAGGAAGAGUAUUUCAAGGUAUGGGGCGAAUGUGGAGGAGAUGGCGAAGAGUGGGAUGGUGCAUUGAGGGUGAGGAACUAUGAGGAUACAGGUUAUUCGUGACAAGGUUGAGACGACAUGAUGAGGCUAGAG